UGGUCUACUUAAAUCAUUGACUUCCAUUGAACCAGAAAAAGAACAGCAAGUGGGGUGUCUCGCUUACUCGUCCUUCUCUGACGGGCAGCUCUUCAGUAGGAACCCCACGCCCAACUUCUACGUAACGAGAGAGUAGAAAGUCUUUUCCAAGAUGGCAACGACCAUAGACAGCAGCAAUGCCGUACAGGCGACAAGCAAAAAGCAUCUCGGAAUUCCCGAAGCAAUAUUUGUGGAGGAUGUCGAGUCGUUUAUGAAGCAGCCAGGCAACGACACCGCAGACGCCGUACUGCGGAAACUGGAUGAACAGUACCAGAAAUACAAGUAUAUGGAGCUCAACUUGGCGCAGAAGAAACAAAGGUUGAAAAGCCAGAUCCCACAGAUCAAGCAGACUCUAGAAAUCCUACGACACAUGCAGAAGAAGAAGGAAACCACAGACCCGAUGGAGACACACUUCCUAUUGGCUGACAACGUAUACUGCAAGGCGUCAGUCCCGCCCACCGACAAAGUGUGCCUGUGGCUAGGGGCCAAUGUGAUGUUGGAGUAUGACAUCGACGAGGCCCAGUCUCUUCUGGAGAAGAACCUAGCGACCGCAUCACGCAACCUAGACUCCCUGGAGGAAGACCUGGACUUCCUCAGAGACCAGUUCACCACCACCGAAGUCAACAUGGCACGAGUCUACAACUUUGACGUUAAGAGGAGGAGCAAGGACAACCUCCUUAAAUCAGUCAAGAAGUCUUGAGAGAGGGGGACCCCCCCACAAUAAAUAUACCCCCCCCCCCCCCCCAGUAACCCGCCCCAACUCCAUGUUCACAUCUCUAGUCUCUACAACAUGUUUGCGACCUAAAUGGCACCCUAUUCCAUAUUUAGUGCACUACUUUUAACCAGGGCCCAUAGGGUAGUGCACUACUUUUAACCAGGGCCCAUAGGGUAGUGCACUACUUAAUACCAGGGCCCAUAGGGUAGUGCACUACAUUUAACCAGGGCCCAUAGGGUAGUGCACUACAUCCAAAGCAGUGCAUCACAGGAGGUUGGUGGCAUCUUAAUUAUUCGGGAGGGAGGGCUCGUGGCCAUGGCUGGAGCAGAAACACUCCAUUCCAGACAUUAUGAGCCGUCCUCCCCUCCGCCUCCACUGCAGUGCACUGUAUAGGGAGUAGGAUUCCAUUUGGGAUGUGGACCAAGCCUUAUUCUAUUGAUUUGUUACUUUUUAAAGUAUUUUUUCAAGUAAAAAAAGACAAAACAAAAGUUACUCCGGCAGUUUUUUGUAUUCUUUUAUUAGGAUUUAAAAUCUUUUUGAACCCCCUGCUUAGUCUUUAGGUUGUCGCGGUCCUACAUUUCUUCCUCCUCUCGUUGUGUUUUCUGCCAUUUUAAGUUGUGUGCUGCUUCUUCUUACAAACUCUUACUGACGUUGAUCUUUGCUAUGUACUCGUUUGGGGCCUUGGUUUGCUUUCAGAACACAUCCUGCUAUUACAUUACCCAUAAUCCUCGCUGGGCAGGAAAUGGGAGAAGAGGAGGAGCAUCUCACCAGUUCAAGUUGACACCUUCCUGUGAUUAUGAGAAUGUUUAAAUGUCGAGCCCACUCUCUUGUGGGUUCCGUCCCUCACUCCUCGUCCCUCGACUGCAUCUGAAAUGGCACCUUAUUCCCAGAAGUAGUGCACUAGGUAGUGAAUAGGGUCCCAUUUCGGAUGUAGUCUCUUCUGCUGCGUCUGUGUCUGUCUGUGUUUAUUUUAUAUUCCUCCUGUCUUCCCUCCUCCUCUUUCUCAACGUCACGUUGUAUUCAUUAGAAUACUGAAGUGGAAAAAAGAAAUGACAAACUAAAAAAAUUAUGAAAAUUU